CUCACUUGUAAACCCACCCAGAACCUCCACCUCCAACACCAUGGUCAACUCCUGCUGUGGCUCUGUCUGCUCUGAGGAGGGCUGUGGCCAAGGCUGCUGCCAGCCCACCUGCUGCCGCCCCAGCUGUUGCAUCUCCAGCUGCUGCCGCCCCUGCUGCCAGCCCUGCUGCCGCCCCUGCUGCCAGCCCUGCUGCCAACCCUGCUGCCGCCCCUGCUGCCGCCCCUGCUGCUGCCUGCGCCCAGUCUGUGGUCAGGUCUGCUGCCAGACCACUUGCUACCGCCCGACCUGUGUGAUCUCCACCUGCCCCCGCCCCAUGUGCUGUGCCACCCCUUGCUGCUGAGAACCCUGCUCUAGGCUCAUCUCCCCCUGCAGCUAUACACCAUUCUUUCGUGUGAACCCUUAGGAAUCUGUUUACCAUCAUUUACCAGGACAGACUGCACAAUUCCAGUGAGCCCGCCAUCCUCUCCACAAUCAGGCAGCACAUCCUGGCUCACUGGACGGUCUCUCCUUUGCUACCAUCUCUUUCCAACAUUAGUACAGUGUAGAAGUUAAUUUAUACAUCGUGGGUUAAUAAUUUAUCCUAAUUCUUCAAAUGGAUUAAUGUUGUGGCUCUAGAUUAUUAUUUCUAGUAAAUUAGACAUUUUCUACAGCCCUUGUCUUAGCAUUGACUUUAUAAUCCCAGACCUGAGGUUUUGGGUAUAUUCUGUUUUUGUUUUUGUUGUUGUUGUUUUUCCUAAAAUGAAUAUCUUAUGACCUGUUAUUCCUCUUCUUUCUAAUAAACUUUUUUACACAUAAGAA